AAGGCUAGUUCGUGAUGGCUGGGGCUGGUUCCGCCGCUGUGUCCGGGGCAGGGACCCCGGUGGCGGGACCUGCGGGCCGCGACCUCUUCGCCGAGGGACUUCUCGAGUUUCUGCAACCCGCUGUACAACAGCUCGACACCCACGUCCACGCAGUCAGAGAGUCUCAAGUAGAACUCCGGGAACAAAUUGACAAUCUGGCUACAGAACUGUGCCGCAUCAAUGAGGACCAGAAGGUGGCCCUGGACCUCGAUCCCUAUGUAAAGAAGCUCCUUAAUGCUCGGCGAAGAGUUGUCUUGGUCAACAACAUUCUACAGAAUGCUCAGGAGAGGCUGAGACGGCUAAACCACAGUGUUGCCAAGGAAACAGCCCGGAGGAGAGCGAUGCUGGAUUCGGGAGUUUAUCCUCCUGGCUCCCCAAGCAAGUAACAAGCCAGAAGAUGGGCCACAAAAUAUCACAAGUACUGUUGUCCCCCAGCUCCCUUGAGAAUUCUCCAGCAGACACUUAACCCCUCCCUGCAGACCUCGGGAGUGCAGUCUUCCGGUUUUAUUUGAAGCACUUAAAUCUGACCCACUGAUGGGGAGGCCAAGAAAGCAACUUUACUGGACUCAGGAUUCCAAAGAAUUGAAGGCUAUUAUGGCUCUUGCUUCCUUCCACGAAUGAGCUGAGGCUUGUUUUUUUGUGUACACUCAAGCCCCACCUCCUACCCCUUCUUCACCUAGUUAACCGUUUGCCUGAUGUGGGGCCUAGGCAGCAUUUCCUCUACCUGACUUUCCCUUGGUUUACAACAAGGACUUGGGCAAGGGCAGGCAAAGUCAAGAGGAAUAAUGCCUAUGCUGUUGAUUACACUGGCUUAAUAGCAUUGCUAUAAUCCCCUGAAUAAAUGCUUCAAAUAUAUUCGAUUGGUACAUGGAA